AUGUGUAUAACAGCGAUUCAUGGAACAAUUCCGCAACGCAUGACAGAGGUAAUUUUAGUGCCAAUAAUUAAGAAUAAGGUGGGUUAUGUCAACAGCCAGGACAAUUAUCGUCCAAUAGCAAUAACAUUAGUGUUUUCUAAAGUCUUGGAGCACCUACUGCUGGUGAGGUGUGAAUCCUACAUUGAAACUCUAGAUAACCAAUUUGGUUUUAAGGAGAAACACUCAACUGAUUUGUGUAUACUUGUUCUCAAAGAAAUUAUUCGUCAUUACAACACCCUGGGAAGUAAUAUGUCUGUGCGUUUCCUUGAUGCUUCAAAGGCUUUCUAA